CAAACCACGUGAUUAAUCACGCCUGUUAAGCCAUCCAGUCAGCCGUGAAGAAGAUACCCUGAACUUGUUGAGAUGUCGUUAAUUGUUUGCGCGCACAAAUUCGAGGAUGCAUUCGUUGAAUUUGAUGAUUUCGAUGAGGACGAGGUGGGAGAAAGUUUCCUUGAAGAAACUUUACAAAGGAUAGAAGACGACUUCAUGGGAAAUCCUAGACAUUACACUCUAUUCACCGGUGCUGCUAGUGGCAGUGACAUGUUCUGGCAAAAUUUGGGAGCAAAGUACGGUGUUCGCAUAAAAGCGUUUUCCUUUGAGGCACAUGGAGGAAAAAAUACUGCUAGAGUUGUUCUAAGCAACGAACAAUUGAAACAGGCUGAUGAAUUCUUGCUUAAAGCGAACAAAACUUUAAAGAGGCAUUUCCCGACAAGCAACAACUUUGUAAAUAAUUUACUUCGUCGUAAUUGGUACCAAGUGAAAGAUUCAAACGGUGUGUUUGCCAUUGGCAAACUUAGUGCGAGUCGAAGCAGAGUCGAGGGUGGCACAGGAUGGGCCGUGCAAAUGGCAGUCGAUUCCAAAAAACCCGUGUAUGUGUUCGACAUCGUGAAUAGUUUGUGGCAACAGUUCGAGGAUCGCAAGAGGAAAUUUGUGUAUUGUGAAGCUCCAAGGCUGACUUUAAAUUUUACAGGCAUCGGAACAAGGGCUUUACCAGAGAAUGGAAAAGUUGCUAUUGAAAAAAUAUUCGAAGAAACUUUUGGAUCUCUGUCAAGAUUCAGGAGUUAAUGGUAUGAGGACAUUGUUACUACAAGCGACUGAAUUUUGACAAGGAUAUUAUUAAUAGUGAUAAUAUUUAUUAACUUUUAUGAUAAAGUUCAGAUAUAAUGCGCGCUAUCAUCGGUUAAAAUAGCGUGCUCUAUCAGAGUACAAGGCAUAAAGCUGAGUUAAAGCUGUCACAUCAUCUGCUAAUGUCCCAUCUUUUCCCAUACUUUGGAACAAGCGAGUUAGCAAAUUGGCAAAAAAAGAACCAGGCAAACUCGAACUAUGUCUUGUGUUACUCUUUACACUUCUUUUGUGUUCUAGCAGCUCCCGGCAUGCUUUACAACAGAACAGAGCACAGUCAAGGCUUCUCUAUUUGUUACAUAUUGUAAUAGUAGUGUAGAUAUUUCCAAACCCUACCCUGAUUCAGCAGUUCCAGUUUAAACCUCCUUAAAGAUUUGUACCACUGGUCUUCUUUGUGACAGGUACCUCUCCCAACAACAGUAACCACUGAGAAAAGGUUUUUUAAAUCUUACAUAUUGCAAAGAAAGCCUUGUAUUGUAACUAUAGUAUAAAGAAAUACUUAUGGUGCAACCUGCUAUAAAUGGCUCAAGGUCCAGACACGUUUGCUAGAGAACAAACUCAGGGAAAACCAUGAGCUUUGUGGAACAGAUAAUAUCCACAGACAAAUGACAAGCUUAUUUUCUAGAAAAAUAUACUUUUGUCAUCCUUAUCCUUUAAAUAUUCUUCACAGUGCACAAAAAAAAACCACAUACAAUCUGCUAACCUUUGAAAACAGACUUAACUUUUCAUAGCAAAUAUGUGAACUAAAGUAUCUUUUAUCUUAUGUAACAACUUCAAAGUCAUUUUUUCAUUGCACAGGAUAUGAGGGUUGAUAGGUUAAAGCAAAAAUCUUGAAUAGAUUACCACCAAAGAUUCCUCAGGUUUAAUUGGGAGAUAUUAGUGCAUGUGAAGAGUUUAACGCAAUUCUGGGUAAGAGAAAAUAUCUGGUAGACAAUUUAAUUGUACAUGUGUACUACCUUAUUAUCAUUAGCUGAUGAAAUAUUGUUUGUGCAGAGCCAAUUUAGUGUCAUGCCCUGCACAAAACAUGGCUAAUAAACUCAAACUCAUGCAGCACUGCCUGCUAGGAGUACACCCUUUCCCCACCUUCCCUGAUGAAGCUGUCAAUAAUCGCAUAUUAUAAUAGAGUAUUUCUUAACAGUAUAUAUAUUAUACAUUUUGGUGUAUAGUAUGAGUAUUUUUGAGUAGUAUUUGUGAGUAUUUUUAAAGUACUAAGCGAUACUACUUUUUUUUUCUGCCAAGUGUGUCUGCUCAAUUUUCAUGAGGCAGGGAAAACAAAGCAGAUAGAGAAGAAGAGCAUGCACAGUCAGCCAGUUAAAUGGGCUUUUUUCACAGUGUAAGGUAACUAACUGUAAAAUAUUGCAAGAUACCUGUACUCUGUUCACGAGUUAUUCUUGUGCAGUUGGACAACAAAAUCAAUUCACUAAAAUUGAGGUAAUUAUCCACCCCUGAAGUGAAUAAUAAUUAUUGGUUUAGUAUAAACCACACAGAUUCUAAAAAAUAAGUUUAUUUCUCUCAGUAUUCCGAAAAAUGUUCAGAAAUUAUACUCUUGACACUCAUCUCAUGGGCUGUUCAGAGGUGAAUAGUACUUGCUAUUUGCCUCCAAAUUAGCUAGUAAGUGCAUGAAAAGCGCUAUUCAUUUGUGUGGUAUAUGCUAGUAAGAGAUAUUUUUAACAUAAUAGUGACCAAUUUUGAGACAUAAAUUAAGCUGGUUGAUUUCAUGACAAUUUAUUCAUCAAGUCUGUAAGUUGUAAUAAUAUUAACCGUGAAAAUGUGUCAAACGUCCACUAAUAACAUCAAAUUUCCAAUUUGUUUUUGUAUUUUUGGUUUGGCUAAAACAUAGCAAAGAAACUUUUUUUAAUGCACUUUGUACAUCAAAAUAUGCCUGUAUAUUCAGAUACACAUUAAAGAAGUAACUUAUGGUAAAGGAAUAACUCAAGGCAAUCUAUAAACACAACUUAUGGCUUAGAAUAUUUUAAAAUGUGAGUGAUGAAGUCUUACCACCUGAUAAAUUGCUAUUAUUGAAACUUAAGAAAAUGGAUCCAAUGUAAUUUUUUUUAUGACCUAAUCCCUAUUUUAAAACUUUUGCUUCAGGAAAUUUACCUCUUUGACAAUGUUAUGAAAUAUCAUCAACUUUUUCAUCAGGGGAAAAAAAAAAUCUCAGUCUUUACAUCAAGUUAUGAUGCUCAGGUGUAGUAAAUCUUGUCCAUCUGUAAGGUUUCUAUAGAAGUCUGUUGAAAACUCAAGAUCAGGAAACUAUGGUCCCAAAACUAGCCACUUCACUCAAAUAAAUUUAGUGGUCUUUUGUGAGCAAGUGCUGCAUAAUUUAACCCUAAAUUAAUAAUGAUUUUCUCUCUUUGAUUGACAAAUGAUAAACAUAUUACAUUGUCAAAGUGAUCUAUUUCCCUUUUUCUAGUUUAAAAGCAGCUUGUAGAACUUGCCAGUAAAUUAUGAACUGUAAUAAAUAUUUAUAGUGAUAAUUCAUGGCAUAGAUCAUUAUUUUAAGCAUUGCAAAUGUGUGACUCUUCAUAGGAGCUUGUAGCAUCCAUGUUCACGCUAGAACUAUCUCUUAUUUUGACUUUGAUCUGAUGUAC